GCCGGGCCGGGUGCUUCUCCUGUGGCUUGGAAAAAGCUAGAGUGAGCUGUACCCUUGACGCGCGGAGCGGCUGACGCAGUCAUGGCCGACUUCUGGAAGUCUCAACCAAAGAAAUUCUGUGAUUACUGCAAGUGCUGGAUAGCAGAUAAUAGGCCUAGUGUUGAAUUUCGUGAAAGGGGGAAGAAUCAUAAGGAAAAUGUGGCAAAGAGGAUCAGUGAGAUUAAACAGAAAAGCCUGGACAAGGCAAAAGAAGAAGAAAAGGCAUCAAAGGAGUUUGCUGCAAUGGAAGCAGCUGCCCUGAAAGCAUAUCAAGAGGAUUUGAAAAGGCUUGGUUUAGAGUCAGAAAUCUCAGAGCCAAGUAUAUCACUAGUACCCAGCAUUACCCCACCUCUCUUUGCAUCAAAUCAACAGAAAGAGAAGAAGAAGAAGAAAAAGAAGAAGAAAGAUCCUUCAGAGGGUAGAGGGGUAGAAGGCAGAACCUCUGCGGGUUACCCUUACUGUUAUGAGCUUAUCACAGGAGCAUCUCAGUGGGAGAAACCUGAUGGAUUUCAAGGAAACUUAAAAAAGAUGAAGGCCAUUUGGGUAGAAGGUUUAAGUGAAGACGGUUAUAACUAUUAUUAUAAUACAGAAACAGGAGAGUCCAAAUGGGAAAAACCAGAUGAUUUCAUUCCACACACUGGCAGUUUGCUUUCUAGUAAGGCUAAUGAAAAGUCACUUGGUACAGUAGAAGAAUCUGAGUCAUCACAUAGUGAAUCUGAUGGAGAACAAGAAGCAAAAGGAGAAGUCUCUACAGAAACAAAACAGCCAAAAAUAAAUUUUAAGGGAAAAGUAAAAAUAGCAAUGAAGGAACUGUUCCAAAAAUAGAAAGAAAAAAGUGUCCCAAAACAGACUUCAUCAGGCCUAAAUGAAGAAAAAUCCAAAACUUUGAAAAAAUCAAACCCAUAUGGAGAAUGGCAAGAAAUUAAGCAAGAAGUUGAGAAUGACGAGGAGGUAGAUUUGGAACUUCCAAGCACUGGAAAUGAGUCUGUAUCACCUUCUGAGGCUGAUGCUGUGGAACCCAAAGUGGUAUUUAAGGAAAAAACAGUCACUUCGCUCUGAGUUGUGGCAGAUGGAGUGGCGCCAAUCUUCAAAAAGAGAAAAAUGGAAAAUGGAAAAUCUAGAAAUUUAAGGCAACGAGGUGAUGAUCAGUAAUGCAAAAGAUCUUUUUAUACAUGCAUUUUGGCCAUCAUGGAGACUUAUACCACCUAAAGGUUCUCUUCAUUUCUUUUGACUACUUUGAUGAUGAAAAUUUAGAUUUAUUCUAAUUGUAUUUCAUGUAAAUUAAAAUAAAUCUUUUUCAUGUGGAAUUUAUUUUUAUUCCUGAAAUGGAAGCCUACCACAUUGCAUUGUAAUACAGUGUAUUAUGUUCAUUGUCUAAAAAUUGCUAAUUAUGUCAUAAUUUAAGAUGCUAUGUGUCUGUUAUUUAAAAUGUGGAGGGGGCCAGGAAUUUAGCUCAGUGAUGCCGCUGCCUGCCUUGCAAGCACAAGGACCCAAAUUCGAU